AGGGUGCAGGAACGAAUUUACUUUUGUAUGCAUUGCGGACCUUCGUAGUAGACCGCUGGAUUGUUUUCAGUUCACCCACGUGAGGAAGCUUGUAACAAUAUGGCGGCCGAAGUAUGUUGUAAUUCUUGAUCUUCAGGCGGAUUUUAAAAUUGAUUUUACGGGUGCCAUCAUGGGGAAAGACAAGAAGGCGAAAAAACGUUCGGCCGGCCUUACAGAAGAUAUCCUUGAAUCAAAAACUGUGAGACCUUCAGGAAGAACGAAGCAACGAAAGGAAAGACAGGGAGACUCAGAAGACACGUAUGUGGCGGAAAAGCUAUCAAGAAAAAUUCUAGAACAGGCAAGAAAGCAACAAGAUGAACUGGAAGCAGAGUUUGGCAUGGCAUCUGCCUCAAAGAAAACAUUAAAGACAGCGCAAACCUGUCUUGGUCCACCUGAGUUACAAAAUUUAGAUGCGGAAGAGUUGGAAUCAGAUGAAGAUAAUGUAGCAUCAGUAGCUAGUGAACAGUUCUAUGAAAACAUUGAAGUUGAUGAAGAAGAUGAGCAGGCCUUUGAAGCAUUUAUGUCAGAAGAUACACCGGCUAGGAGAACCCUGGCUGAUGUGAUCAUGGAGAAAAUUAGAGACAAGAAGACAGAAAUAGAAAGUCAAAUGUCAGAAAGAUCCACAAGUCCACAGAUGGAUGAACGGCUUGUUGAAGUUUUCAAAGGUGUUGGACAAAUCUUGGCCAAAUACAGAUCUGGGAAGUUGCCAAAGGCUUUUAAAGUUAUUCCAUCUCUUGCGAAUUGGGAAGAGGUGCUCUAUAUAACAGAGCCAGAGAAGUGGACUGCAGCAGCCAUGUUUCAAGCAACAAGAACAUUUGUGUCAAAUCUCAAUGUUAAGAUGGCUCAGAGGUUUGUUGUCUUGAGACUGAGUAGGAGAAUGGGGUUAGAUUGGUCUGAGCAAUACGCCUUAGAUUGUCUCAGUUGGAAGGUAUGACAACAAACGACGGUCAUGUUCUGAAGUUGUUUUGUUGCUGUACAGACGCGAACGUGUACCUUGCGAGAGGCAAUCAUCAUAGGAAGUUUGAUCUCCAAGACCAGUAUACCAGUUUUACACUCAAGCGCUGCCAUGUUGAAAAUUGCUGAAAUGGAUUAUUCAGGUGCAAACAGCAUUUUUUUGCGACACUUUUUUGACAAGAAAUACGCAUUACCCUACAGAGUGAUAGAUGCGGUUGUCUAUCACUUCUUACGGUUCUUAUCUGAUAAAGGUAUUCUCCCAGUGUUAUGGCAUCAAAGUUUACUAACAUUUGUUCAGAGGUAUAAAGAGGAUGUAUCCAGUGAACAAAAAGACGCCCUGAUGGAAUUGUGUAGAGUGCAGGUCCAUGAUCAGAUUACACCUGAAGUUCGUCGAGAGUUGAGCCACUCCAAGUCAAGGGAUGCAGAGCUAGACUCCAUGGACGUUUAAAAGACAAUUGCAUUCUAUAGUAGUCAUUUCCUCCUUAGCUGUGGAACUACCGUCGAAAAUUUUACAGAGAACAUAAUCAUCCAAAACACUGGGCUUUAUUCCAAGGGUUUUUUUACGGCGUAGAACGCUUGAAAUUUAAACAAUUCAAAGUGGUUUAGCGUUAGCAACAAAGUGCCGCACAAAUGGUCAUAGUACAUUUUCUCGCUUCUAAAAUGUUUAUGCAAAGUGUUCCGGUCUGCAGUGAAUAAGCGGUGAUAAAAUGGAUGUUUGCGAGAAUUUUCUCGACCGUAUGGAUAUCAAGUCCGCGAGGGUCGACUAACCAGAUCGCUGAUUUCUUGCAUCUUCUGGAAUUUCUUAAAGUCUCCAACUUUUAUGAUUAGUUCAAAGAAGAGAUGCGAAUACUUGUACGUGAGCAUGUUUCAAGUGUCUAGCUUGCUUACGGAACGAUUCAAAAGAGAGUUUUUACUUUCAGAACCUGCAAACAGCUCUUUUCCAACCAAUGAAAAACUUCAGGUUACAGACUGAGAGCUCUGAAACUUUCAACGAUAAACGAAUACAAAGUGCCUUUUUACACGAUGUUACUUUACAGUCGCAUGUGGGACUCUGGUAUUUUUAAAUAAAAGAUAUACUGUGGCUUGAA